AUGGCCAGUAACCAGGCCAGCCUGCAGGAUGAGCAGAGCAGGCAUUGUAAGUUCUUAUCCUAUAUGUUCUACCAGGCUGUGAGAGACCACAAACCGGUAUGGAUGCUGGAAGAUAUGAGAACUAUGGAAUAUUUUUACUGGGAGGAAAAUGCCAGCCUGAGAACAUAUUCACCUUCGGAAGCCCUUCUCUAUGCAGUGGUGCAUAAUCACCUGCCUUAUGCCCAGUAUCUGCUCUCUCAUUUUCCAGAGGAGGCUCUCAAGGUGCCUGGAGAGCAUUUCUGCUAUUGCCCGUCCUCUGCCCCUCAUUUGGCCAUGGCAGUCACAUACGACAGGAGGGACAUUUUGGGGCUGAUCAUCAAGAUUGCACACAAGCUACCCAGCCUAAACUCCUACAUCAACAGGACCGGCUGCUUUCAUCUGGAAGAUGGCAAGACCCCGCUGCACCUUGCCUGCGAACUGCUGAGGUCAGAGACCGUCCUCAUCCUCCUAGGGAACGGGGCUUCUCCCAGGAUCGAGGACAGCAAAGGGCUCACCCCGUUGGAUGUCAUCCUGGAGCAGAUGUGGGACUCCAAAGUCAACGUGGCAUCAAAAAAACUCUGCCUCGAUUACCUCUUGCUCUUCAUGCCUAGCCCACAGUUUAAGAUGCGGAAAGUUCUGCAGGAUCAUCCAGACCACUGGACAGCUUUGCUAGGGGAAGACAAAUUCAACACCCUGGUGGGGAACACACCUGCUUCUUUAUACCUGCAAGCUAUGCAAACUAUUCUCCAGUCUCUCCCACCUUCCCACUUUCCUAAAAGCAUCCAGGAACUACCUAUACCUCAGGCACUAAAGCCCCUACCUUCCUACGGCAAAAAGUUACAGACAAAAAAUGUGCUGAACAAGCAGGCUUCUGCUUCUGUGCUGCCAGAGAAAUUCAGUGGCCUGAGAACUCCUGCUUCUAGGUACCAUUGUACAACCACUAACAGCAAAGGGCCAGAUCCCCCAAGGACUUUUUAUGUUUUUGUCUAA